AUGUCAACUACACGAUGUAUACGAAAUGUUUCCACCAAAUCAAUACGAUAUAAUAUCCCAACUAAAAGAAAUUUUUCAUUAUUUUGGAAAAUGUUAAAUAUGAAUGAUCCAAAUAGUACCAAUAAAGAAAGAAAAUUAUAUAAUUGGGAUGAAUCACCUUAUGAAGAUAUACGUACACACGCAGCAGUAAUAAGAGCAAAAGCCACUUGUCCUGUAACUAAGGGACCAGUGGAGUUUGUAUGUCCAUAUUCAGGUAUACCAACUCAUUCAUCAAAAGAAGCAUGGGAAAAUGACACGGAAUAUCAUAAUUUAAAAAAAUAUGAAAAUUUGAAAAAAGUAAAUUUAUAUGAACAUGAUUUAAGAAGUGGUAGAAAAUUUGAAGAAUUUGCAUUUCCAGGAGAACAAGAAAGAGAUUUUAUGAUAAAUAUAAGUGAUUGGGAUUCAUUUUUUUAUACAAGAGAUUUCCCACCAAUGAAUGAUGAAUUUAAUUUAGCCGCUGCUACAAAAGUAUUGACAUAUCCAAUGACAAUAGCGUCAAUAUUACAUAAAUUUUCACCUUAUCAAAUAGAACCAAAAGGACCAUUAACAAUUGAAGGAGCAAAAUCGUUGGGUGCAUUAAGAUAUUCAUUAUAUCCACCUUAUCAAAAAAUGGUAGAGGGAGUAACUCAUUUCAAAGAUAGACCAAUGAGAAUAUUUAUAGUUGGUGCAAGAAUGGAAUCAAUGUUGCCAGGAUAUGUGUGGAAACAAUUUGGUUAUCUUUUCCCAAGAACAAGAUUUGAAAUACAUCUAAUUGGACCAGAAUCGUAUUUUGAUAAAGAAAGUAGAUCAUUUGCUCCAACUAAUGUACCAAAUGGUCGUCCAUUAAUUGAAAGAUUUGAUGAUCAAAUAACAAUACAUCAUCAUACACAAUUUUUUAAUGAAUUAUAUGAUAUGGGAGAUUUAUUCCCAUUUGAUCCAUAUUUAGAUUGUUUUUUCUUAUUCCAUCCAGGUUUUAAAACAGCUGAUCAAAUACAUUGGGAUAAAUCGUUGAAAGGAUUUUUGGAAUCUAAAUGUCCAAUUUUCAUAACUGGGUUCCAUGACGAAGAUAUAGAUAAAGAAAUAAAUUGGUUAAAUAAUCACAGUCUAAAUGAUGAAAUGGAUAUUUUAAUGAAUAAAACAGAUAAUAAAUUUGCAUGUACAAAAUUAGAUAUAAUUGAUACAAAUCCAACUGAAACUUUUAAUUUAAAUAGUAAAGUAUUCGGUAUAAGAGGUAAAAGAUAUGAAGCUAUAAAGAAAUAA